AUGGAAAAGAAGCGAAAAAUUGAUAGUGAAUGCAGAAAAUUCAAAGAUCAGUGGAACAUUCAGUAUUUCGUAAUUGAGUCCAGUAACAAGGCGCUAUGUUUGAUUUGCAAUGAAAGCAUAGCCGUUCUCAAAGAAUAUAACAUGAAACGUCAUUAUGAAACAAAACAUUCUCAAAAUUACUCAAAAUAUACAGGAAUUGUGCGGACAGAAAAAUUCGAAGCUUUGAAGUGCGGAUUGAAAUCGCAGCAAUCUUUAUUUACAAAAGUCAAAACUGAACAAGAGGCGGCAACUCGUGCCAGCUUUCGUGUGGCUCUUGAAAUUGCAAAACGUGGAAAACCAUUCACCGAUGGAGAAAUGAUCAAGGAAUGCAUAAUUGCAGUAGUCGAAGAAAUGUGCCCUGAAAAGGUAAAUUUAUUAAAAACUGUCAGUAUGUCAGCAAACACUGUGGCUCGAAGGGUACAAAACAUCGCUGAAAAUAUAUCCUCUCAACUGUUCGACAAAAAUGGACAUGUUGAGUGGUUUUCUUUGGCCUUGGAUGAGUCAACGGAUGUGUCAGAUACUGCUCAGGUGUUGAUUUAUAUUAGAGGAGUAGAUAAAAGCUAUGAAGUGCACGAAGAACUUCUUGAUAUGUAUAGUAUUCAUGGCACAACUACUGGUAUCGAUAUUUUUAAAGGAGUUGAAAUGGCCAUUAAUAAAAAGAACCUUCGAUGGAAAAACUUGAAAUGUAUUACAACUGAUGGAGGCAAAAACAUGAGUGGGAAAGAUAAAGGAGUGGUCGCUCUUGUGUCAAAGGCUGUAGAAAAUGACGGCGGCUCAAAACCAUUAGUCUUACAUUGUAUCAUUAUCAACAGUCUUUGUGCGGAAAAUGUUUGGAUAUGUCUGACGUUCUGA